UAUUUGACUUUGUUAAAACCUUUUAAUUUUAGAAAAUUGAAAAAAAAGAUCAUGGCUGAAAAAUUUGGAUAAAAAUUAAUGUAUUGUAUGUUUAGUUCAGAAUGAAACAUGACCAUUCCUUAAUAUGGUUUAAUUAUCCUCAAAUUUGAUGGAUCUGAAAAAAAGAGCGUUUGAGGCGUUUUCAUCAAAAGAAUGGAACAGUGCAGCUACUAUGUUCCUUGAUGUUCGUAAAAAUUCAAAGUUUGAAAAAGAAGAAUGUGAAUUAUGUGUCUAUGCAGGUGUAUCCAAACUUCAUGCAGGAGACAUGCAAAAUGGAUUUGGGCUUCUUUGUCAGGCGGAGUCAUUGUGUAAAGUCACAUUGAACAGGGUUUUGAAAGAUGCAUUAUGUGAUGACUACCUCACCGAUCUUUACCACUUUGUACUUUACUGUAUUACCAAGAUUGAUCACGUGAAGAUUUCUUUGAUGGCUAUGGGAUUCCUUAACAGAAACACUGAUGAAAGUCAUCGGGAUAUAUUCUUAUUAGCUAAAUAUUGUGUAGAUUUCAAACUCCUUCCUCAUCGUGGUAUUCAAGAUUACAUUUUUCACUUGGGCAUUUCAAAAGUUAAUGAACAUUAUAUUUCAGACUUAUGUCAAGCACUCAUGUCAUUGGGCCUGAUAGAAAUUGAAAUGGAUCACCUUGAAGAUGCUAAAAAUUCAUUUAUCCUAAUUGAUCAACUUUCGGAGUCGUGGGAAGUUACUGUUCCUGAUUUAACUCUUCUUCAUGCUUUGUCACUCCUGCAUUGUGCUGUUUGUUUUCAAAUGAGAAAGAGCUUUAUUGAAACCGUUAUGUUUAAAGAAAAAGCCAAAUCAAUUAAAAAUGAUAUCCAUAAGGAUGCGAUGAAGUUAUAUGGAGAAAAAGCAGAUAUAUUUUGGAAUAAGCAGGAGUACAACAAGGCUUUUACGUUUUUUUCUAUGAAGAAAAUCUUAUGUGAUGUAUUUGAAUUUGAAGAAAGUAUUCAAUUCAACUGUAUCACAGAUGUGGCACAUUGUAUGGUGAAGUUGGGUAAAGAAAAUAGUGCAUUUGAGAUAUUGUCGGAAUUGGUUUACGGAUACAAGAAAAGGGAUAUGAAUUUGUCAAAAAAGCUUCACGCUAUUGCAAGUGACUUAAAGAAAGAUACUAAUCAUGCAAAAAAAGUUUACAAAUGGGCUUUAAAAACUGCACCUGAGGAAGAAAAAGAAUAUGUUGCUUUGCUUAAUGCAGAUCUUUCAUUAUAUCUCAUGAAAAUAAAAAAAUAUAGCAAUGCUGUCCAUUAUGCAAAGAAUUGUACAAGAAUUAAUCCAAGUUGGCCCAAGGGAUACUUUCGAUUGGGAACAGCUCUUUUCAAAGUUAGCAAGUACAGUCAAAGUUGGAAGAUAUUGAAAGAGGGUUUAGCAUUGACUUCAGAUGAGUCUUGUCAAAUGACUUUUAUGGUAGAACUUUUUAAAGCUAAAAUUCGUUCAGAAGUUGAAGAAUUCAUGAAUCUCGACGUUUCUACAACAGUUUGCAGUAAAAUAAUUGAGAAACUUUUAAAUGAAAGCAGCGAAACAAGUUGGUUGAUCAUUGAAAAUAUCUUGCUGUUUUCGUCUCUUGGCAAACAUAUCAAAAAAGGUACUAUACCAUUUUUGAAGGCCGUUAAACACUCAACGUCUGAAAACUUUAUAGAAUCAUUAAUUGAUCAAAAAUUUCACGUGGAUGACGACGUGGAAUGCUCCAUCGUUGAAGCGCUGCGAAAGAAUUGGUUUAAAGUUGGUUUAAAAUUAUUGUACCUCUGCAAAGAUGUAUCAAACAAUACUCAUUCACCUCUUAAUAAAUGUGUAAUACUAGUGAUAAAAGCAGAAAAAAUGGAAUUUUUGAGGCACUUUUUGUCAGUAUCUUUGAUAAAUGAAGACCACAGGACAUCUGCUAUCUUGUUGUGUUGUGAAGGUCUAUACACUACAUGUAAAUCAAAUAUUAUCAAUGAGCUAACAAAUGAUGUUCCCUUAAAUAUUGAUGUCCUAUUAGAGAAAAUGGAAGAGUCUGAUCCAAAGUGGCAAUUGUUAUAUCAGUACAGGGAAGCUGCACAACAUGAACCUGAAGAAAGUAAUGAACUCAAUUUAUUAUCAGCUGUUGAACCUCAAUUGACUGAGGAAAUAAAGAAGAAGAAAAAGAAGAAAAAGAAGAAAAAGAAAAAGAAGAACAAAAAUGUUAUUGUCAGUGUUGAACAAACUGCUAAGGUUGUAAGCAGUGAGGACUUGGUAAAUCCAAUAGUGGAAGAUGUAUCAAAAAUAAUUAGUUCUGUGAAAGAUUCGUUUGGAUUGCUUAAUGAUCAAGCAGAACAAAAAAAUACUGAUCCAACUGAAGAAGAAAAUCAAAACUUAAGUUCUCUUAUUGAGAAAUACUCAUCACAACAAACUGCUGCACUAUCGGAUUACAAAGGAGAUGAACAGUAUUUGGACAAGAAUAAAGAAGGAGAAGAUAAAGGAGAAAGAGAAGGGAAAUAUGGGAAAAAAGAGGAAGAAGAAGAAGAAGGACGAGGAGGGGGAGGAAGAGGAUUUAAAGGAGAAGAAGGAUUAAAAGCAGGAGAAGGAUUGAAAGCAGGAGAAGGAUUGAAAGCAGGAGAAGGAUUGAAAGGAGGAGAAGGAUUGAAAGCAGGAGAAGGAUUGAAAUCAGGAGAAGGAUUGAAAGCAGGAGAAGGAUUGAAAGCAGGAGAAGGAUUGAAAGGAGGAGAAGGAUUGAAAGGAGGAGAAGGAUUGAAAGCAGGAGAAGGAUUUAAAGCAGAAGAAGGAUUGAAAGCAGGGGAAGGAUUGAAAGGAGGAGAAGGAUUGAAAGCAGGAGAAGGAUUGAAAGCAGGAGAAGGAUUGAAAGCAGGAGAAGGAUUGAAAGCAGGAGAAGGAUUUAAAGGAGGAGAAGGAUUUAAAGGAAGAGAGGAAAAAGAUGAAGAAGAAGGGGAAGAAAAUGACGCAGAUGGAGAUGUAGAUGAUGAUAUCUUUGCGCUUGAUGGUUUACCAUGGGAAGUUGAAUGCACCAGCGAUGUUUGGCAGAUAUUAAAAGAUAAUAGAUUAGAUCCACUUUUAAAAAAAAUGAUUUUAAAAAAGAUUAAGAAGUUAGCUUGUGGAGACUGGUCAAGAGGAGUAGCUAAACGUUUAGAAGGAACCAAAGAUGGAAUAAGAUUGUAUGAAGCAAAAAUCAACAAAGGUAGUCGUAUUUUAUGGGAGGUUUCUAUAUCAUUUUCUGCUCGUUGUAGUAUGGACACUGUUCAGUUAGAUGCCAUUGACAUAGAAAAGGAAUGGGAAAAUGGUGCUGUGUAUGUAGAUAAAAUUCGUGUUUGGAAUAUUGCAUUACAUCAUGACGAUGUUCCCAAGAUGAUAGAGAAAAUCAUUAAUUCACAUGAAAGAGGGCGAGCAUGUCUUAUUCGAAAACAAUUGAAAGGGAUUAAAAAAGAUCCAAUGGAAGUUAAACAUGAGAAAUUACCAAACAUUUACAUCAAUGAGAAGUAUGCAAAGGAGUUUAUGAAAAAAAUGUCCUCAAGUAAACCAAUACAACCUGUUGAGGACGAAAACCGUUACCUUUUCUUUCCACCAGCAAGUCCCAAUCAACAAGAAUUUCAUAUUUUAAAAUUUUAUGCUUUCACUUCAGCAAUGGCAAGUAGGAUUCUAAGUUUAACACGUUCUCAAUGUGAUUUUCCAUUUCAAGUUAGUGAGCUAGAGCAUACCGUGAUUCACUUGGAGCCCAAAAAUAAAUGUUCUAUUCUGCUUCUUGGUAGAAGUGGUACUGGAAAGACUACAUGCUGUUUGUAUCGUCUUUGGGCACAUUAUAGGAAUUAUUGGAACAAUGCACAGCAUGCUGGCCCUUUACUGCCAAAGCUUAAAAAACCAGAGUUUGAGGAAGAGGAUGAUCAAAUCACACAGAUUGAGGCAUACGUUACAAAGGAUGACGCAACUUCAAAUGGAGAGGACAAUGUUGUACCUUGUCUGUGUGAAGGAGCUUGUAAUUGCGAAUUUUUAAAUCUCCAAAUGGAGCAAUCAGAAGACAUUGUAUUGCUGGAAAAAUGUAAAAAGAAUGACACCCAUUGUGACACAGUUUUAAAUGACGAAGUUGAAAGCAAGGAUGAAGAUAAAGGGACUACAGAAGAGUUUGAGGAGUAUGAACAUCUCCGCCAACUUCUGAUUACAAAAAAUGAGGUUCUGUGUAAUGAAAUAAAAAAGAACUUCAAAGAAUUGUGUGAUGGCAGCCUAACAAACAAUUUUAAUGCAGAUGAACUAGAAAUGACAUCUAUAAAAGAGAUUCCUGUUGAUAGGUAUCCCUUAUUUAUAACUACAAGAGAUCUUCUCUUGUUGUUAGACGUUUCUCUAGAAAGCCCCCCAUUUUUUAAAAGAGAUCAAAAUAGCAAGAUGGUUGAAGAUAUACCUGGCUGGGGUGAAAACAAAACUCAUUUGUCAUAUUUGCCAUUAUUCGAUGAAGAUCUCAGUGAUAAUGAAAAUGAAGAGUAUUUAGAAAAUGAUGAUAGCGGUAGUGAGGAUAACCCUACAGUUGGAUCUGAACAACGAAUCAGAUACAAGAAAGGAGGUUUAGUACGUAGGGUAGAAGUAACAUAUGAAGUGUUUCUUAACGAGCUCUGGCCCAUAAUUAGUAAGGGUAAAAGCACUGAUUGUCACCCUUCUCUCGUUUGGAUGGAAAUAAAAUCCUUUAUAAAAGGAUGUGCCAAAUCAUUUCUUAAUGAAACUGGAACUUUAACAUUGGAAGAAUAUAAAGAGAUUGGACGUAAAAGGGCAACUAACGUUACAGGUGACAGAGAAAGUAUUUAUGCAAUGUUUAAGCAGUAUGAGAAAGUAAAAAAAUCACUGGGUUAUUUUGAUGAGAUGGAUGUUCAUUUUAACAUGUAUAAAAGAAUGAAAAAUUUUGUUGUUCCGGAAUGGGGAUUUCAUCAGAUAUUUGUGGAUGAAACUCAAGAUUUUACUCAAGCAGAAUUACUACUUCUCUUACGAUGCAGUUUAAAUCCCAAUGCCAUGUUUUUCUCUGGCGACACUGCUCAAAGUAUUAUGAAUGGUGUUGCGUUUAGAUUUUGCGACCUUCAGUCAUUGUUUUAUGUAGCAAAAGAGGAGUUCGAUCAAAAUAAGAUUCUUCCACUAGUUGCUGUACCUAAAAAGAUUCACCAGUUAACGCAUAACUAUCGGUCACACAGUGGUAUUCUACAACUAGCUUCUGUUAUUGUUCAGUACCUGAACUUGUUGUUUCCUGAAUCGUUUGACCAUUUGCGACCAGAUGUUGGGUUGUUUCCUGGACCGAAACCUGUGAUUUUGGAUACUAGUGAUUUUACAGAACUUGCUGUGUUGUUGCAAGGUAACAAACGUAAAACUUCUGCCAUUGAGUUUGGGGCACAUCAAGUUGUUCUUGUUCAGAAUGAGAAAAGCAAGGAAGAACUACCUGACGAACUAAGUUAUGGUUUGGUUUUAAGUAUCUAUGAAGCCAAAGGUUUGGAAUUUGAUGAUGUCCUCUUGUACAACUUUUUUAAGGACUCACAGGCUUGUGAGGAAUGGAGAGUUAUUUUAAGUGAAAUUAGUAACUUGACAGAACAGGAAGAUGUAUCUGAAGGUAGCUUGCAAGUAUUGUCGGAAGACUUCUUGAAACACGAAGCGAGACCCUUAAAGUUUGACAGAAACAAACACAAGCUUUUAAAUGCUGAGUUAAAGAAGUUUUAUACUGCUGUGACAAGAGCAAGAGUUAAUGUCUGGAUAUUUGACGAAGAUAAGAAGAAAAGAGGACCUGUAUUUGAAAUGCUUGUGAAGAAAUCUCUUGUUAAUGUUGUCAAGCUUGAUGAUGAUUCCUCAAAAGAGAUUUUAUUUGCUGAAAAAUCUUCACAAGACGAAUGGAAUAAACAAGCAGGUUAUUUUUAUGAAAAAGGUCUUUGGAAACUAGCAUUAAAAUGUUCGGAGAAAGCAUGUAAUCAAAAGUUGAAAGAAAAAUGUUUGGCACAGCUUCAGGGUUGUCAAGCCCUAGAGAAGGCGCAACAGUGGAAUCUGAAAAAGAAUCCAAAACUUCUUAAGGAUGUUUACGCAGGAUUUAAAGCAUCUGCUGAAUUAUUCUUACAAUGUGGAUUAACUGAAGAAGCGAAAACAUACCUUACAUAUUGCAAGGAAUGGUUCCGCCUGGCCCAGUUAUGUGAGGAGCAGGAGAAGUUCUCCUCAGCAGCUAUGUAUUACAAGAAGAGUGGGAAAGGGGUUGAAGAGGCUUUGAGAUGUUACCAUUAUGUUGGUGAUGUAAGAGGUGCAGCUGCUUUAUUAAAGUCAGAGAAGCGGUAUUUGGAAUGCUUAGAGCUUCUGGAAAAGAAGAAAAGCACCGAGAAAAUGAAUUUAAUGAUACAGACAAUCAAGAAGUCUGUUACUAAAAAAGCUUGCAAAGAGUACUAUGAAAAUGGGGAAUAUAAAUUAUUGGAGAAAAUUUUGUGUUUUAUGAGUUUUGAAGAUCAGUCCUAUUUUCUUUUUGACAAAGUAGAGUGUGAGGAUCUUUUGUUGAAGUUAUACCUGACACAUCGUGGGAUAGAUUUUGCUGCUCAUUUUUUAGCAAAGAAAGGGAAUUAUCUAAAAGCAGCCAAUAUUUUUACUGAUCCUUGUUCACAAAUGAAAUACAUAAAACAAGCUGCAAGAAAAACUUUGAUUAUGAAGAUCAACUCCAAUCAAGACAGUAAUGCCGUCAUGGAGUAUAGAACAACAGUGUUAAAAAAAUUGGAGGAGACAUAUUGUCUGUUGAACAAUAGUGAUAAUCUUUCGCGGGCUGAUUGCUUGUAUUAUAUAAUGCAUCUAGAGAAUAACACAGCACGCAUAAAGGAUGCAAUAGGUUAUUACCAUAAAGCUAAUAGUAGUUUUGGGAAGCUGCUAUGCUUUCAAGUUUGGCUGAGAAGAAAUAAAAAUUGCCUUCUAGAAUAUCUGCCUGAUAUGAGAUGUAACUGUUGUAGAGCGGUAUUUGAUAUCAUCAGUGAAAUUAUUAACGUUGUGAAAGAAUUUCUGGAUUAUGGUGAAAAUAAUUCAGAAAAGAAUUAUUUUACUUCCUUUGGAUUUGCAAAAAUAAAAGGUAAGGCUGAUGAUUUCACAGUGAUUGAUGUUACAGCAGUUUCUUAUUUUGAAAAUUUUAUCAAUGAAAAAAAUGGAGAGAAGUUUGACUUUGAGGGGAAUAUUUCAAGAGACAAAGCAAGAAAUUUCGUUGCCAAAGUUUUAUUUUGCAUUUUAAAAGAUUUGACAGAUGAGUUUCAAAUAUCGAUUCAACGGCAGCUUAUUUCCCUUGAAAUUUGCCACCAUUCUUGCAUCAAUACGAGAUGUGUGAGAUCACAUGCCGCACCUCAAUUAAAAAACUUUUUGGACAAAAAGGAAUUUGUCAUGAGUCUCUUAAAGCUUCGCAGCAUGCUUCAGGAUGGAAACAAAAAAUUAGCUUCUCAUGAAGACUUUUACCAAUGGAAGGAUCUAAUUAAAGCAUACUCCGUGAUUGAAUAUGUGUACAAUUUUUUGAAUGGUUAUUUGUCAUACUUACAUGUCAUUCAAAUCAAAUCAGUAGUUGAAUUCUUUAAAUUUGAUAAAACAGAAGGACAUCAACUUAUAUCUUGCAUAAGAGAGGUGUGGAAAAUUAAAGAAGAUGAUCAAUUCAUUGAUUUGAAUGUUUAUCACAUGCUGUCAUUCCUGUCAUAUGUUGUUGAUAGGUUUAAUCCAGUUGUCGAUGAAUUAAUGUAUCAUGCUGACAGUAGUUCAAACCUCAGAGAGAAUUACAGUUUCAACUUCCUGAAGCCAUUCGAUGAUUAUCUACACAAGCUAUAUUUUAAAUAUCAUGUAUUAGAAGCGUUAGACGCAAAUUACUUGUUAUUGUCUGUGCCAAUUAAAAAACAGUUUCCCGUAAAGCCCACUUGUGCAACAUUCUGCAACUUAUUGGAAUUUCCUUUGUUGUUAAUCUUCACAUGCCUCUCCUCAGCACUUGGUAAGCCAAUUUGCAUGCCUGAAAGUUUAAUUGCCAAAAAAAAUCUGUGGGACAAAUUAUACAGCGUGGAAGAUAAAUCAGGUUUUAAUUUAGCAGUCAGAGGAAUUCACUCUAACAAGAAUGGGCAACUAUCAAAGGAACUGAAUCGAUUUUUAAGCCUGGCAUUUAGUAAGGAUUUACAUGGUAGUCCGUUUUUGUUAUUGAGACGUAAGCUACGGAGUUUAAGAAAUGGUGACGGAUCAGAAGGCAUACAAUGCUGUGAAAGGUUGAUGAUACUGUACCUAAUUGCUGUGGUAAAUACGCUAAUAUUUAAACUGCCGUACGGCAAAAAAAUAAUUCUUAAAUUUAAAAGAAACAUGAUCAGUGGAAACCAUUAUCUUUGCACGAUAUUUAAUUCUAUUGCUUCAAUAAAAAAUUCUAUGCAAGCUAAGGAAUUGUUAUCAAAUAUCCUACAUGGAAGGCAUGAUCGAUUAAAUGACUACGUCUGGAGUCCUAAAUAUUCUCGACUGCGAUCUAUUUUGAUCAGGAAUGAAAGAAAGCAAGAAUGAAAAGAACCAAAAGAAGCUUAUUCAGAAAAAUAAAAUAACCAUUCAGAAAAGAGAAGAAAAUAAUUUACAUUUCUAACGGAAACACUGUCCUUAAAUGUUGAAAACAGAAAGCAAGCGAUGUAUAGAAUUAAACAACAUGUUUUGCUAACAUUUCAAAACAAGUAUUAUUCUCAAGGAACCUAAAAAAGUAGCUACGUGCCGUAACGAAACCUGAGUAUUAUUUUUAGUGGUGGAUUUUGUUAAGACAAUACACUUUAAUUUGAUUACA